GCAAGCGCCCCUCCUUCCUACUUGUCCCACACACGAGGAACUCGUGCUCUCUCUCUCUCUCUCUAUCUCUGUCUCUCGAUCUAUAAAGGACUGUGUGGGGAGGCGUACCAGCCCUCUUAUCGGCGACCGUUGAUCCUUUCGCCAUGACCGCCACCGAUCUGCUGCUGCUGUUCGUAUCGCUAGGCAGCGUCGACCGCUGUGACACCGAGCUCAGCCUCAGCCUGAGCCUGAGCCCCGGUGGCGUGUAUCAUCACGGCUCCGACGUAUCUGCCGGUUCCAGCAGGAGCGCGGAGGAGAAGGCAGCAGCGCAGCAGCCGAUCACCAUAUUCUACAACGGCCAGAUGUGCGUCUGCGACGUCACGGAGGUUCAGGCGAGGGCGAUCAUAAGCGCGGCCGAGCGAGAGACGGAGGACGCCGAGGCGAAGAAGCAGAGCGAUCGGAGACCCGACUCCUCCUCCCCCCUCCCUCCUCCACCUGCACCGGCGCCGCCGCGGGUGCUGAACCGAAGCCUGUCGAUGAAGCGGUCGCUGCAGAGGUUUCUGCAGAACAGGAAGACGAGGGCGGUCGACUCCUCCCCCCCUUACGACGGUGCAGCAGUCUAGACUUCGUCUCAAGGAAGCGUACGGUGUUCGCCGGUCAGCGACGGCCAACUCUCGAGCAUCAAAGGAACCAAUUGGAAUGGAUCCAAAUGCUAAUUCCGGCGAAAUUGGCCGAAAUAUUUCCCAUGUAGUUCGAUUGUGAUGAUACGACUGUAAUAUGUGCACCGAACACACUGUAGAUUAUGGAUGAAAUCGACUCUUAAAUCGAUUGAAAUCCUUUCAA